UAUUUUUAAAUCCUGUAAUUUGUUGAUUAUUUAAUCUCUUUUAUUACUUUAUUUCAGCUUUUAAAUUAAAAAAUGAGUUGCCUCCUUAGUAAAUUGUGCAGUAUUAAAAUAUCAGCUGUUCAGCUGCGAAAAUUAUCUGUGCCUACUAAUACUCUCCUUGCGAGAAGAGCUUUCAAUCGUCCAAAUUAUAAUUUAAAGAGAUUUCAAAAUCAAUCAAAUUCUCUUUUAGGACCAUCUUUAUUUUGUAUAUCUGUUUGCACUGGUACAGUUGUGUUAGCAUCUAUUAUUCAAUAUGAGCGACUUCAUGCUAAUGUUAAACAAAUCAAUGCCUUUGAAUUUUACAGAAAUGCUAUCAAAAGAAAAAAUGAGAGUCUUAUUUCCAAGUUAAAAAAUAAUUUCAAUAAACUAGAACCAUCAGAAAAAGUAUUUGGUACCAUACUUUUAUUAAAUUCCCUUGUUUUUCUUGCAUGGCAAGUACCUCAAUGGCAACAUAUCAUGAUCAAAUAUUUUAUGACUGAUGCACUUGCUAGAAAAAUUCCAGUGUCGUCACUUCUUCUAAGUGCAUUUAGUCACAGUUCUCCAGUACAUUUUUGUUUUAAUAUGUAUGCUCUUCACACAUUUUGUCGAGGUGUGAUCCAACCAUGGGGUGAUAUGGGACCUGAAGAAUUCACUGCAAUGUAUAUAAGUGGUUGUGUUGUUUCAUCAUUAGCUAGUAUUAUGUUUAGACGGAGCUUUAAAUUUCCAGGAAAUAGUUUAGGUGCUUCUGGUGCUAUUUUAUCAGUUGUUGGAUACUUUUCAUUAUCGCAUCCUGAUCAAAAAUUGGGUAUAAUAUUUUUACCAAAUAUACAAUUUGAUGCAAUUCAUGCAUUAACUGGUAUAAUAUCGUUAGACAUAAUGGGAUUAAUUUUGAAAUGGCAAAUGUUUGACCAUGCUGCUCAUUUAGGAGGAACAUUAUUUGGAAUAUUUUGGUAUAAAUAUAUGUCAACAUAUGUAUGGGAUAAUCGAAGAUAUAUUGUAAAAAACUGGAUAACAUUAAAAAAAAUUAUUCAACAAGUCAAAGAUAAAUGAAAUAGUAAU